UUUUCAGAAUUUUGACUUGCUCGGAGCAGCUGCUACUUGAAUGAUAGCUUCUGAAAUAGUAAGGAAAUAAUUUUACAAGCAUAUGGCACAUCAUGGGAAGGUUUAGUCUACAUUGUAUUUUGACAAUGCAUACUUGAAAUCUUGAAAUCUGAAGGUGCUCUGCUGUAUCAUUUAGAACAUUAGUAUUGUGUAAAUAGGUGUAGUGGCUUGGAUAGCAGUUUUGUAGAAAAUCCAUUUGAUUUUAGGUUGCUUGGGAGUUGUGCCCAGCAAGGGGAUGGACCACCCUGCGAGAGUGGAAGUGGGAUUUGUGAUACUACUCCAGUGCUUCCUGUGAUAAACGAGGUGUUCCUCAAGCACAUGGAAGAUCUUCCUAAUAUGGUUUUCUUUGAUAUAGAGACAACUGGUUUAGAUUUAGAUUGUGAUAUUGUACAGCUUUCUGCUGCAGUCAGGGAUCAAACAUUCAAUCAGUAUGUUUUGCCAAGUAAACCAAUAAUGCAACAGGCUGCUGAAGUAACUGGUUUAACUUUAAAAGAUGGUGUACUGCAUUUGAAGGGGAAGAAAAUAGAAAGUGUUGGGGCAAAAGAUGCUUACCAGCAUUUUCUGUGUUGGUUAAAGCCUUUUGCUCCAUUAGUAUUGGUUGCUCAUAAUUGUUACAAUUUCGAUUCUAAGAGGUUGGUUAAUUCAAUGGAAAAGCAUGGAGUUGAACCUGCCUUGCGUGAGGUUGUCACUGGAUUUCUGGACACCUUGCCUCUCUUCAGACAUGUUCUUCCUAAUCUAACAAACCACAAGCAGGAAACUAUAGUUCGUGCUGUACUUCAUGAAACCUACAAUGCACAUGAUGCACUUCAAGAUGUAAAAUCACUUCAAAGAGUGGUUAAUAUUUUAAAUUUACCUGCUGCUACUUUGAAAACUUUCUCUUUUACUUAUGGGUCUUUAAAGGAGAAAAUGGAGUACAGUAGAACAGCAAAAUUGAAAUCUAAAACCCUAAAACCUCUCACUGGACCAAACUACAUAUCCGAGUAUAUAGCAGACAAACUAGGUAAAGCAGGUGUUGAUUUCGAGCUUCUAAAGUCGUUUUAUUUGAGAGGAGGGAAAGACUUCUUAUUUGAAGUAUUUGGUAAGCCACAGGGACCAGACCAACCUCAAGCCAGACUGAGUGCAAAUACUAUUAAUAGUAUUUGUGAGUAUUUUUCAAUAGUGUAUGCAAAAGGUGCUCAAGCAGGUGUGGGGGUGUAGGUGAAAGAAUCAGUUGCAUGCAAAUGAUGUAUUUUCAUUUUUAUAUUUAUCCCCCCUCACUCAUCCACAGGCCAUGUGCAAAAUUCUAAAUUUUGAACAUGUUCUUGUGUAUACACAAGUUUAAGCUUUAAAUCUUGUAGUUUAAAAAAGUUCUAUGAAGUUGUGCAUUAUGCAAGUGGAGCAAUUGAGUUUUUCUUAUUGGAUAAACAUCCAAGAUUAAAGAUAAGCAUCCCGACAGGAGGUUGGGAUCUUUUACUUGACUAAUUGCUCCAUUUUGCACAUCAUUUUGAACUUGGUAUCUGUAUUUGCUCUUUUGUUUUUAUAUUGUUCCUGUAUAAAGUUGAAAUUCUUUAGUUUUGUAUAUAAUAAAUUAAAAUUGUUUCACUAUUAUGUAGGGUUUGAGAUUUGUACAAAUAUAUGCAUUUGUACAGGUACUAGUUUCUUUCAACUGCCCUGGGUUUUGUAGAUUUGACUUUUUGGUUAGUAUUUCUUUGCCCUUGUUUUAGUUGAUUACAAAGUAUGAUUAUAGA